AUGACGGCUAACGGAGUGCCUCUGCCGUGGGACAGCAACCGGAGGCCUGGGCGCGUGAAUCCGACCCGGCUGGUCCUCGCCUUGCGCUGGGAGAGGUUUGAGGAGGUUGUGCAGAAUGGCGGGAAAAUCCAGAUGUACUUAAAGACUGGAGUGGAUUAUCGCAAGCCAGACGAGACGACUCCACCAUGUCAAGAUGGGAACACCACGGACUGUGUAAUGGGUGGCUUUGCGGCGGCCUACUUCCAGGUCCCAGACAAGAGCGAUCUGACGCUCGAGCUGCAUGUGAAGGUCCCUGGAGAAGCAGAUCUCUCCCAUUCCUGGGACAUCCAAACCGCCGACGCAGGCUCGGGAGACGCGCAGGCGAGGAUCGCGUUCCUUUACCAAAACCAUUCGGAGUACCUGAAGAAAUGGCGGACAGGCAGCCUCUCCGACAACACCAAAUUUACCAACGCUUGGUUUAAUGAGAAGUUUGUGGACAAGGAGCUGACCAUCCAUGAUAUUGAUUCCUCGAACUUCAAGCCAAACCUGGAAACGAACGGCUUCGAGAUUGACAGCACCGGGGCGCUGAAGAAACCGCUGGAUGACCUCAUGCACGACAUGGAGCGCAAAGACGUGAAGCAAGAGUUCAGAACCGAAGUGGUCGAGUUCAUGAAAGAUGACUGCUACAUCAAUACCACCGAGGAUCUUAUGAAUCUGUCCCAUUACCUGGACGGCGACACUUUCACCGGAGGGCUCUGCACCAACGAUCUGUUCUACGAUGGGUCACUUCCUUUGUCGUUCAUCCACUAUCCCCGGCUGAGUGGCGCGAAGUUGCUCAGACUGUUCACGUGUGAGCGCAGGCAGUCCACGGUGAGUUGCGACACGCCAGUCAACUUCAGCACCGAGCUCCCUACGCCUCUGAAGCUUACGUACGAAAAGAAGGUUUCGAGAGAGGUCAACACUACGCGUGCGGCAGCAAUGCACACAGGUGCAGCAUUGGCACUGAUGGCACCCGAACAGCGAGAAGAGGUUUGGAAGCAGGUGAGCGGCGAGGACGUCGUAGUCGGCAGCAGAACAACUCGUGUCUUGGGCGACACCGAUGAGCUUGUGGAGGUGAUGAGGACGGCCAUUGAUCUCUCCGAGAAGUUGGUAGCAAGCAUGGAGAAGGCGAGCGAGGAAUGGUGGAAAAGCAAGACUGGAACGGAGACCAAGGGGGCGUGCUUCUCCAUGCAACCCCGCCACACCCGCUUGGGCAUGAGGGGCCUGCCGAUCGCCCACGUCGAUGCAACAAGUGUGAGCGAGUGGUUUAAGGAAGGUGGUGCAUUUCCCGCGUCCGCCCUCAAAGGAUUUGAGGACAAGCUGGGCAUGAACGUUUCCGAGGCACUGAAGCAUGCUGUUGUGACCUUCAAUGAGUGGGUGAACGCGGGCUCCGACCCGAUCCAUGAGCUCCCACUCACCAUCUUGGACACGUCCACCCUUGAUGCGGAGGAUCUGGAGACGGCCUGGUUUCAGGCGUCUUUGGACUCCAGGAGCCUGAGAUUUUCGCCGAAGCAGAGGCAGGUUUAUUCUCUGGGGGGGGGGGUUAAAGGGUUUGCGGGCAGACCGACAUACGUAGCUUUUUGUACAUAG